AUGUCCUUUCGCAAGCGAGGAGUCGUCCUGGGCAAUCCCCGAACGCCGGCAGUUGCCAAGGUAGAGAAGUCUCUUCCCACCGGCACUCGUCCGUCGCCGCACGAUGGCCGUCUCACUACUUCGUCCGGCACACAGUCGCUCGACCAGCUGCUGGCGGGCCAUGCCGGUCUGCCGAUGGGCACCUCGCUUCUCAUAGAAGAAACCGGCACAACCGAUUUCGGCGGCAUGCUGCUGCGCUAUUAUGCUGCCGAGGGCUUGGUUCAGGGUCACCAUGUUCACGUUCUUGGUUUCGACGACUCGUGGCGUCGAGAGCUGCCUGGCUUGGGCGGCGAUACCAAGGAAAAGGCUGCCAAGCCCGAGUCGCCAUCUGACAGCAAGAUGAAAAUUGCAUGGCGAUAUGAAACUCUAGGAAACAGAGUUUCACCCUUUAGAGGUAAUUCAUAG